AUGCCACGGUUAUCACAGGUUGAUAGAGGACGUGCUAUCGCGAUGCUUAUGGCAGGGAGCACGCAACGUCACGUCGCUCGGCACUUCAGAGUUCACAAAUCGACUAUUAGUCGAUUAGUUUCACGUCUUAACGCCACAGGAAGAGUCGAUGACCGGCCGAGAUCAAGAAGUCCACGCGUAAUGUCACGACAUCAAGACCGGGUUGUUAGGCUGGCACACUUGCGUAACAGGAGGUUAACGGCUGCUGAAACGGCAAGGAAUACGAUUGGUAAUCAUAACCAUCGGAUUCAUCCCCAAACAGUGAUCAACAGACUGCGUGAGGCUAAUUUGCUUGCAAGGCGACAGUACGUUAGUUUACCACUAACACCGCAAUGUCGAGCACGUCUUAUGCAAUGGUUGACGGCACAUAUGCCCAGACGUUUUCCUAUGAGACGUUGGAGGUCCAUGCUCUUCACCGAUGAAUCUCGAUUCACGUUAUUUCAAGCAGAUGGCUGUUAA